AAGUGGGAGCUUGGGUCAAUCUUCAUAAUUUAAUGCAAAAAGAUGAAGGAAUUGCAUUAAGAAAUUCCGGUCCACGGAGCUCCUUCUGGAUUCUUUUCUGGUGUUGUAGACAAUGUUCUUUGAUAUCAAAUGCUUAAUUAACAUCUGUUAAAAAAACUGGAAAAGCGACGGCAAAUGAACGACUAGUGUUUGUGAUUUUAGAUUGAGAAAUAACUUCUGCGGAGUUAAAUCUUCUUAAAUUCGUUGACAUAAACAUAUUCAUUAUGUAGGAUUUACAGUUUGAUAUUUUCAUUAUAUGCAAGAAAAAAAUGCAAAAUAGCUUAUAAACUAAAUUAACAUUAUUUUGUUUCAUGCCUUAUCUUAAGAAUGCUGCUCAAAGGUUGGUGGCACUCAGACCUGCCGUGGUGUUGAUGAGUCAAAAUGUUUAUCAAAAGUAGUGGAUCGCUUGGUAGAUAAGGUGCGCGACGAAAACCUUUCAUCGAAAGAUGUUUCAGAAAUCAUACGACAGACAAAAGUUGUUACGAAAGAAGGGGGACUAGUCAAACAAGACAUCAGGAACAUUGUGUUCAUUUUAAAGAGAAUACAAACAAAAAAAAUGACACAAAGUGAUCAUGAGAACUUUAUUCAAUUGUCUAGUAACAUUGUUGGCAGUGAGAGGAAAGAAGUAUGGGGGCAAAUACAGAAAUGCCUUAGCGAAACAAAUCAUCAAAGGUGCAGAUCUAGUUGCAAAAAAAAUGAUCGAAGAAAAUGGAAAACCUGGAAAGGUGUUUGCAUUCUCCAGCGACAAUAUUAAAAUACUUUGUGUAAAGCUACCUGAAAAUGAAGAUAUUAAUCUCGUAUCUGAGGGUGAAGGUGUUCAGUUUCGUGGACUAGUAACUCACGGUAUAAAACAAGCUACUGUUGUCAAAUAUUCGUCAAUUAAGGACAUAUUAUCCUUCGAGGAAUUACAAAAAUCUGUGGAUCACACUAUACAGGCCAACAAGAAUCUCACUAUCCAGAGCACUAUAAUCUCUUUUACAACGACACCAAAAUUUCUAAAUGUUACUCGACAUAUCAAAAUUGUUCUACAAAAUAAUCAGAGCAGUUUUUUAGACCCUGUAUGGGAAUGCGUGUUUAUCGAGCCCAGUGUAAACGAUAGCAAGUGGAGCCGUGAAGGAUGUGAACUAAACGAAGCACAAUCUUCGAAAGAAAAAGUUACUUGUGAUUGUGAUCAUAACACAGCGUUUGCAAUCUUGAUGCAUUUCUCAGAUGUUCAGUUAACAAAAAAACAUCUAAAAGUUUUAGAAUACAUCUCAAUCAUUGGAUGUUCAGUAUCACUUUUGGCAAUAAUUUUUACACUCAUCAUGCACGUGUAUUUUUGGAAACAUGUAAAAUCACCACGAUGUAUAGUUUUGAUUAAUCUUUGCAUCGCCAUUGGUUUUACCAAUAUCUUCUCAAUAGUGGAAGGAGUUGCCAGAAGUAAUCCGGAUUUCUGUAAAGCAAUUGCUGUUUUCUUGCAUUUCUUCCUGUUGUCAGCGUUUGGCUGGAUGCUGUGCGAAGGAAUUCUACUUUACAUCUUGCUCAUUCGAAUUUUUUAUUGCGUUCAUGGAAAGCAUAUCAAGAUCUUCAGUUUUAUUGGCUGGGGGAUUCCGUUGAUUACUGUCACCAUAUCACUUGCCGUUACUCAAAGCGAAGGAUAUGGCACCGACUAUUACUGUUGGCUGAGUGCCAAAAAUGAAUUGAAUUUGGCGUUUGUUCUACCGGCAUGCCUUGUGAUUUUUGCCAACACAAUCGUACUCAUCAUGGUAAUCAGAAAAGUGAUGAACUCACACAAAGUCAGACAACAAGAAAAUAUUGAGAAAGUAAAGAAAGGAGUAAGAGCUACAAUUGUUCUCUUACCUAUUCUUGGAUUGACCUGGGUGUUUGGCUUGAUAGCCAUCAAUGACGAGACUGUAUUCUUCCGUUAUCUUUUUGCCAUUUUUGAUUCCGCUCAAGGAUUGCUUAUAUUCCUCUUUCACUGUGCUCUAAACAAGCAGAUGCGAGAAGCUGUUCAAAAAUGUUCACUCAUUCAUUUCUCUUAAAUCUUAGUGGCAAGAAAUCAACAUACUUAGUAAAUGUUUCUUCCAGUCAUAAACAAAAUUUUCUUGAUGAAAAGAAAGCUUAUAAAAUAGUUAAAAAUGGUGAAAAAGGGAAAAUGCAAAGUGACGUCUACUAUAAAGAGGAAUAUUCUCUUCAAUCUCAAAAAGGCGGUAAUAACU